AUGCCAAAGAGGAUUCUGGGAGGAGGCCGAGUGUUGGGAAGCGGAAGGUCUCUAACUCCUACUGCCCCCACACCCUCUCCGCACAGGCAGUCCCGCAUCCUCUCCCCGACAUCCAGCAGCGUUUCCCUCAAUUCCCAGGGCUCCACCUCUCAAUUCUCAGCAGAUACGCAGGAUAUAGUGUCCCGAAUAUCGCUGGGAAAUGGCGAUUCAUCUUCAUCUCGGGCUUCCAUGGCGGCAGGAAGUUCCCGUCUCGCUUGCCCCAUUUGCAACGAGGAGAUGCUUACAUUGCUGCAACUUAACAGACACCUUGACGAUACACACCCCAAUCUCGAGGACGACCGGCAGAUUGAAGUGAAGGACUGGUUCCAGAUACAGGUCGAAAAGGCAAAACGAUUUCAGCCGCUGGCUGUUCUGAAUCAAAAGCUUAAGGGCCUCGAUGUCUUCGAAUCCAACAACCAUACCCCGCUCUCCGUUUCCACGCCCAGCCGCACUCCUUCAGGUCAGAUAGCUUCUGAGCCACUAAAGAUAGUGGAUCCGGAUGAAGUGGUUACAAGAGAGCAUUGGCAACCGCGUGGUUUGUAUGAUGUUUGUUUGGAACCGCUAUGCCAGAAGAGACUUUCCGUUACUUCCGGCAGCGUGAACUGCCGCAAAUGCGGGAAACUCUUUUGCGAGGAGCAUACUAUGUAUCAGAUGAAACUCUCUAGAUCCGCACAACAUGAACCUGUUCGUGGAUAUUGGUGUAGGGUAUGUGAGACUUGUUACAAGUCGAGGGAGGGAUACAAUGACCAUAAUGGCCAGAAACGCGAUCACACCUCAGAAUUCACCAAAAUACGUAGACAGAAGGUGGACAAGGCAUUCCUGGAAGUCUCGCGACUGGAAAAGCGCCUCACUCGGCUGACCCAGUUACUAUCUACUCUUCCCCCGGACCAGAUUCAACCAGGGGCCAAUAAACUAUGGUCAAUAGCAUGGCAGAAUGAUCAGAGGAAGAAGCUCGAACAAUCUGUUGUGAGCUGGGAAGACGAUGCUAGUGUGUCAAGAUGCCCAUUUUGCCAGCAAGAUUUUUCGAGUUACACGUUCCGGAGACAUCAUUGUCGAACCUGUGGGAGGGUCGUCUGUGGUGAUCCCGUAACAGGAUGCUCUUUGGAAAUAGGUUUAGACAUUGCUACCAACUCCCAAGUGUCCGAAAAGCCUACGACUGCCAGCGAAACACUCAGCAUCGACAUUCGUCUUUGCAAGGAGUGUAAGUCAACUAUAUUUGACCGAAGAGAAGUCUCACAAGACCUCCUCAAAGUACCCCCAGAUCUUCGGGUAUAUAGGAAUCUUGCACAGUUUGAGAAAGGCAUUCGUUUGCUAUUACCCAGAUUUCAAAAACUGCUUUCCGCUUUACAAGAUCCAGAGAACCCUCCUUCCCCGACCCAACUUACCGAUGCCGCCAAAGUCCGUAGACGCCUCAUGGAUUCCUUUGCUCAAUACGACAUCGCCGCUAGACGAAUUCGUGACCUCCCAACAUCAUCUCCAACACAAUCCAAGCUCCAAAAAGCUAUAUACCACCAAGCCACGAAUUUCCUGCACCUCCAUAUGCUUCCCCUAAAAUCACUGCCCAAGGUCUUAAAACACGCCACUCCCCACGGCACUAGAUUCCCCAUCAAUGAUAACACCGCAAAUGGCACCAAGAACGCUCUCGCCACAAUAAAAUAUGGCAACCAUGAGAACGCAGGUAGCGCUACCAGUCUAGCUAGCGACAACAGCAGCGCCAUCUCCGCCCUGGAAACUGAAGAAAAAUCCCUCCGUGAGCGUCUCAUCGUGCUCGAAGAGCAGAAAUUUUUCGUCAAUGAAAUGGUGGCAGAUGCCAACCGCAGACGCAAAUUCGAUGAGGCUAGCAGCCUGGCCCAAAAUGCUGAGGAUCUCAAUAAGGAGAUUGAUCGUGUUAGUGGGAUGAUCGGCCAGCUAGAUUUUGAGGGAUUGUAUGUCAACAAGCUUGGGUGA